ACUUUAGUAUAUAUUUUAGGAUCUAAUGCCUCGGGAUGCCAACAGCUCGGCCGCGCCACACUUGUCAGGGACUGCUUUAGAGCCAAUUUCAACACUCGCAAACACUGAUGCGAGAUGGACAACAUCUACCAUCAGGAUAACGUCCGGACGGAGAGCCCCGAGCUCGACGAGCUGACGCAGUUCAUCCGCAACAACUAUAUCUUUGGCUUGUCCUUCAUGUGCUUGACUCUGGUUAUGUGGUUAAUCUUCACGCUAAGUAAGUGGCAUCCGCACAAGGAAUUGCCCUUUCCCAUCUACUUGCUGGUGAUCACCGUAUUCUUGGUGAUGAUGACCCUCAACUGCAUCCCCAAGAUUGCCUCCUGCUCGCCCUGCAAGUGGAUAAUGGCGGUAAUCGUCGUGCUCUGCACAACAAUUGCCGGAUGUGUGCUCAUCGACCAAGUGGGAACGUUAAACGCAGUUCUGACGAUCGUGGGUGUGGCCAUCGCCAUUCUAGUUCUCAAUUUCUCGGGCUCCAAAUGCCCGCAGGACUUUCUGCCCGGCGGCGUCUGCUCCACGAUACUGAUGAUGAUACUGCUACUAGUGCUGAUCUGUGUGGGAAUCGCCCAGUUAUUCUCCGAAAGCAGAGAGCUGCUGCACGUCUUCGUUUGUAUCCUGUUCAUUAUGGUGGUCAUAGCGAUUCUCAUCCAGGCUCAGUUCAACCACGGCCGCCUGACCGUUGUGGAGGUGUCUCCGCCGGAGCACCAGAUGAUCUGCGCUCUGACCCUCUAUCUCCACACCAUGAUAUUCCUCUUCUGCGUUUUCUACUUUAUCCAGAUGGAGAAAUUACGCCAGCGUGAGGUUACUCGAACCACGAAAGAUGACAGCGGCUAUUACACUCAGUGAAAUGAUGAGGAAUAAUUCUAGCCUGCUUACCCAACCCAAUUAACUGGUGCGCCGUAUAAAAAUAUAUAAUAUUCACCUAUUAUACAUAUAAGUAUAUUAAAUAAACGCUUAAAAAUGUAUCGAAAAGCGGAACGUGGAAAUA